AUUCCUCAGGUUUCUUUGCAUCUUUCACCUCCCUACUCACCCCACCUUUUCUCUCACUUUUGCCGCCAUCUUUGGCUUAAUCUAUUGCUCGUUUUCUCGUCUCCCUGACCCAGCAUUCCAAAGCUCCAUCGCUGGCCUGAGGCCUCCCAGCUAAAGCUUAUCGUCGGACAAAAUAAUAGCCUGAUGCUGCUUAUCGGCGGAAGCAGAUGCUUGCACUAACUGAACUGUACUUGAGCUACUGAGGCAGCACCAGAGCAGCUAAGCUAGCUCACUCCACACUUGAUAAGCUCCUUUCCUCUGUCUGUCUCCAAGUCUUGUGGCCGUGCAAGAUUGUGCCGGCGGCAUGGGUCUUGGGACAGUUCAUCAUUGUUUGGCCUCUCUUCUUGUCCUGCUUCUUCUCCGCUGCUGCCACGUGGGAGGCGUCGAGCAGAGAGAGCGGGCCGCCGUGGUGAGGCUGGAACGCGCGCGGGACAUGCCGGAGCGGGACGUGACCACGCCGCUCGCGACCGUCCCGCUGGUGAACCCGACGCCGAUGCCGGAGGCGACCGCGGCGCCGACGCUGGCGCACCCGACGGCCGCGGCCGGCGUCGGCGGUGGCGCGGGGAGCUGGUGCGUGGCGAGCCCGAGCGCGGGCGCGGCGGCGCUGCAGGUGGCGCUGGACUACGCGUGCGGGCAGGGCGCGGACUGCUCGCCGAUCCAGCCCGGCGGGAGCUGCGCCGACCCGGACACCGUCCGCGACCACGCCUCCUACGCCUUCAACUCCUACUACCAGAAGAACCCCGUCCAGACCAGCUGCGACUUUGCCGGCGCUGCCAUCCUCACCAGCACCGACCCCAGCACCACCACCUGCAAGUACCCGUCCACCAGCACCGGUGCUUCGGUGCUGAACACGACGAAUCCGUUGACCCCGGUGACCCCGACGUACGGAUCCCCUCCCGGCGGCUACUACAACUCCCCUCCUGGUCCUGGCGGCUACUACAACUCCCCUCCUCUAUACGGGUCCAUGUCGCCUCCGGACUACGGCGGCAGCAUCAGCGCCGCCACGGCGAUGAUGCCGGGCAGCAAGAGCACGACGGUCGCCUGCACAUCACUGACGUGCCUCCUCGUCGUCGCAACGGUGUCUCUCAACCUGUGCAAGUAGGAAGCCAUGUUUGGAGGGUUGUAAUUCGCGCGCAAGCUCACUCGGAGGCUCGAGUAGGCUGAAGAGGAUUCGGAUGAACAGGCACCAAAUGCAUCUAGAAAACAGAGGAGGCGCCAUGGCAAAAAAGCAGAGAUGGCCACCGGGCAGGCUGCUCGUAGUCAGACAGUGUUGCAAAUAUUUGUAGCUGUAGUCAGUGUGAGCGAGUUUUGGGCUUUUCGCGUAUGCUUCAGGUGGGAUGUUUGUACUAGCGUGACAUAUUUCUCCAUUCCUGCAUAAACCCAAGUUUCUUUGGCAUCGGGCAUUUGAUCAUGUUCAUGCUGGGAAUCAGCACAAAUUUAGGGCCUCUUUGAUUCAAAGGAUUUAAAUAAGAAAAAAGUCCAAAA